AUGAGUGAGCAGGCAGUGACCUAUGUAGACCUGAAAUUUCAAACUACUUCCAAGCAGAAGAAGAAAAAGACACCUAAGAACACCAGGGACAAAGAAGGAAAUGAGGAGGUGGUGACCUAUACAGGACUGAAAUGUCACAGUGCUUCUGAGCAGGAGAGGAGAGAAAGGACUGUGAACUCCCAGAGCAAAGAUUCUUCUGCUUCAGCUCGUGCAUGGGGGGUCAUAGCAGGGAUUUUGGGGAUCUUCUGCUUGGCUUUGCUGAUAGCAGUGGGUGUCUUGGCUGUCAAUGUUUUUCAGAUCUCCCAAAUACCAUGUAAACAGCAGGAAAACCUGAACCAGUUUCAGGAAAUUAUCCCAGGAUGGAAGUCUCUUUGCCCAGAACAUUGGUUUCAACAUGGAAAGAAAUGCUACCUCUUUUCUACUGAAUAUAAAUCUUGGCUGGAGAGUCAAGAGGCCUGCUCUUCUCAUGGCUCCAGACUCCUUCAGAUAGAAAGCAAACAAGAGCUGGAUUUCAUAAAUCCCCUGGCAACUUCUCACUGGAUAGGAUUAUUACGUGACAAGACUGACAGACUCUGGAUGUGGGGGAAUGGCACAGCUUUCUCCACUGACCAGUUUGUGGUAAAGAAAGGAUAUGUUGAUGGUGACUGCGCAGUCGUCAGAGGCAGAGAAUUCUUCUCUGAUGACUGCAAAGAUACAAAGCGCUACAUUUGUCAGCUGCCAGUUCUUGUGCCAGAGUCUGAUGUAUCCAGACAAGAUAGAUCAUGGAAAUCAUAAAAUCUGGGCAUCCCAUACCCAGCGACAAAUAUCCCCUAAUAAAUAUUAACUCUGUCAUCUUUUCCUCUUCGAAGACUGUAUUUAAAUUGUAAAGUUAUAAUAUGCUUUGCUGAGAUCAUAUGUUGUUCAUGAGUCUGUGUCAAAAGGAGCUGGGAUUGGCCUCUCAUAACAAAAAGAAAUCUGAUAAACCACAUGUUUUUUGGAUACCCACAGCCAGUCAGAGCCCUCCCAACAGGUCAAGCUGCUCUUUUUCCUUU